AUGGCCUCGUCAGAUGCGCCUCCGGGUGUUGACCUCAAUGAAGACAUCAGAUGGACUAUUCUGGGUCCCGUGAUUACUCUUGUGAUCCUGGCGACAGCCGCAGUGGCUUUACGAGUUGCUUCGAGAAAAGUCUCGAACUUGCAAUUACAAUGGGACGACUAUCUUAUUAUGGGAGCACUGGGUUUUUGGGACACUGACAAGUUUGUUUUGAGGCAGGUUUUUGCAUAUGGAACCUGUGCUCUUACCAUCGUAGGUUGUUAUGAAGGAAUUGGUAAACACAUUUGGAGCCCGAAAGUAAACUUGACCGCGGUCUUGCAGUGCCUAUGGGCGUAUGAGUUCCUUUAUGACACCAUAAUCCCAUUUAUCAAAUUGUCGAUUAUUCUAUUUUACCGCCGUGUCUUCGACGUGCCGCGCUUCCAACGGGUUCUCAAUUGGCUUGCCGUUCUGGUCAUGGGCUGGUGGUUGGCAAUUCUCCUGGUGGUCAUUUUCCAAUGCAUGCCCUAUAGCUAUUUUUGGCUGCAGUAUACCGAUCCGACGGCAAAAGGAAAAUGCAUAAAUACAACCCAGUUUUAUAUCGGCAAUGCUGCGGCCAGUGUGGUAACUGAUUUUCUCAUUCUGUUCUGUCCGAUUCCAAUGGUCUGGGGAUUACAGAUGCCUGUGGCUCAGAAAAUAUCAGUCUUGGGUAUAUUCGCUCUCGGUGGUUUUGUUUGCGUUGCUGGAACGGUACGGCUAUACGCUCUCACACUGAUCAACAAGUCAUCGGACUUGACCUGGAGUCUGAACCAGACCUUCAUUUGGACCUCUGUCGAGCCCUGUAUCGGAAUCGUGUCGGCCUGCCUGCCGACACUCCUUCCCCUUAUUCGCCGCUGCUUUCCCAGAUUCUUCGGACGCAGCAACCACCAGGACUCAAAGCCGACUUACGAGGCCGGUGCCGCAGCCAGGAGCAGGGACCAAGGUGGUGACUUUUACCCUCUUCACAACGGUCCUAAGCUGCGACCUGAGGAUGAACUAGAGUUGACGACUAACAUUGAAGGAAGUGACUUUCAACCACAAUACAGUACUGAGGAUGGAAUUGAUCGCUACAGGGGCAUCCAUGUCAAGCACGACAUUGAAUGGAAGGCAUCAACUGUUCUAUGAGCAACUCUAGUUCUUGUUCACCUAUCAGUCA